AAUAACAAACCCAAUGAUUCAGCCUCGAAAACAGGGAGGGAACGGAGCUGGGUAACAUCUAAUCACGAUCGAUUUGCGUUCUUUGUUUCCACUUUCGAUUUUGAUAAGAUUUGACGUUAUUUCGUUGUUUUGAUUGCCCUGUUUGUUGUGCGCUCUAGUUUUACGUCCGUUCCGUGAACAGAAUCAGUGUCAGUAGUACAAAGCCACUGUGCAAUAGCGCAACAGCGCGUUCCUUAUUGGGUGUGAAAGAACAACAGAUCGAACAAAAUGGAAUCGAACGAAGAGGACGAGCAAAUCCCAUUAAAGCUAGCGCAAAUAUCGAUCGAUAAGUUUAACCAAACGAUACCCCAGUACUUGACACAGCUACGAAACCACAAGUGCAACAUCGAAAAGGCAGGUUCACUGAACGAUUGGGAGAAGGUCAAACGCGAACAGUUAAAUGCGACACGCAUUGUGAAGCAGAUCCGUUUCAUGCUGGUGGAAAUAGAUAAAGUGCGCCAACGAUUGCGUGAAACGGAUCAUGACCGUUUCGACGAAGGGAUUGAUGCGACAAAGAAGGAUGCGUUCAACAGCAUGGCAGAAUACAUUGCCAUGCAGCUAGCAUUACGUGCACAGUCAGCGCGAAAUGCAACAGUGCAACAACAGUACGAUGAGGAAAGCAGGUCCGGUGGGGGAAAUUCCGAGUUUCCUACGGGAGGUCGAUUGGCGUACGUUCCUCAAAUUACCAGCUCGUACAACAUGGAGGACCAUGAGCUACGCCAGAGAGAAGAAUGUCUGCGCCAGAUGGAACACUUGCAGCACGAAAUGGAAGACAUCCAGGAGCUGUACCAACAGGUGCACGAAUUGGUAUAUGACCAGGGUGAAACGGUGACCCGGGUCGAGGAGAACGUUGAUGUGGCACAGAUCCAGGUGGAAGCAGGCGUAACUGCGUUGCAGAAAGCUCUGGCAUACAAGAAAGCCGUUUAUCCGCUGGCAGGAGCAUUCCUCGGGUCGUGCAUCGGUGGUCCAAUCGGGCUAGUGGUUGGACUGAAGGCAGGUGGCCUAGCAGCACUGGGUGGCGGUUUGGUCGGGUUUGCCAGCGGGAAGUUUAUCAAAAAUGUCGACGCAGUGCCGGAUAGCGACGAGGUCGGUUCGAACGAUAGUGCCACCGAAGCGAUGGCCGGUACACCCGCAGAACCGGGUGAAACGCAACCGACUACUUCGAAAACAUGACAAUUGCUGAAUCGCUGCACGAUUCAGUAACAGCUGCCGAGGAGAUAGAUAGACCCGUUCGGUCGGUCGUAUAUUUUAGUUUUGUUAAGUGCUGUACAUUGUUGCAAGAGCUCGUUGGAAUUGCUGUGGAAUGCUUACCAAUUCCCAAAAGCCCGUGUUUGAUACGCGAUUCGUGUAGCGCUUUCCUAUUAUCCCACACACUAGCCGCUAAUGUAUCGUCGUUAGAAAUGGAAAUACAGAGCCACGUUUUUUUGUGUUACUAAUAACAAAA